CACAGACAUUCCUCACAGCACAGCACAGGACACUACCACUGCUCUCUCAUCAUCUACAGAGCCUUCUAGAACGUUGUAAGCCAUGCCUGAGACAGCCGAGGCCGCUGCAGCCAACCUGACCUCCCGCAGGAAUGUCACCAUUGAGCUCACCAACCUCACCAACAACUACUGCCUACUCAACCCAUGCGUGUGGCUGGAGAGCGGCGAGACCUUCAACCCGCCGCAGCCUACGGUGAGGCCCCUGAAGACCGAGGUGUGCAGCUUCAGCAAAACCAGCGCUAAGGCCACGGGCAGCGUGGGGGUCAUGACCUACGACCUCUUCGAGCGCACCCAGAAGGGCGCCGCCGAAACCCUGGCCAUCAUGUUCUCGGUGCCCUGGGACUACAACGUCUACAAGAACUGGUACGCCUUGGGCGUUUACCCCAAGGGCAAGGAGUGUGACGAGAAGCUGUACAAGGAGAUGUACUACGACAAAGAGCCCAAGGGCUUUGUGCGCAUGGAGGCCGACGGCUCGGGCCUGACCUUCGAGGGAGCGCGGCUAGACAUCAAGGCCACCAUGUGCCCCAUGGGCAGGGCCAUCAUGAAGGUGGAGCUCUGGGACAAGCUCUUCACGCCCGGCAUGCACCAGUCUCACCACUAGGAGGCGAUAUUCCAUGCCCGCCAUACACCAGUCACACCACUAGGAGGCGAUAUGGCCGACAUGCCGGCCAUGCACCAAUCACACCACUAGGAGGCGAUAUGGCCUUGCCUGACAUGCACCAGGCCCACCACCAGGCGGGGUGGUGAUGGAUGGAGGAUGGAUGGUGCGUUGGUGCAGGGCAGAGGUGAAUAAAGUGGACGUAGGCUGCUAUGGACAAAUAUUUGAAUUUUUGUGGCUGUAUACUAAAAUGUGGUCUGUAAGAAGAACUACAAAUAAUAAAUUACUG